AGAUUGUUUGUUGCUUGUUUCCUUGCGGGGUCAGUAUCCUGCUGCAGGACGCUCAACCAUACAGUAACUAACGAUAACUUACAAUUCAGUGCAUCUUUCCUUCACUCUGCAGAGUGUUGUAUUAAGGUUUUCUGCUGAUUACCAGGUAAAUCUUCAUCAUUUAGCCCUGCUGCGUUAAAGAACGAAGAGUCGUGCAUCUGAAAGUCUUUGACAUCCCGGUGGCUGCUGGAUCUGCUGAGAUGAGAUGAUGUAUUCCAACAGGUCUGAGCACAAUCACAGGGGGCAGUACAGUGAGAGAAGUUCAAGGCAGUGGGACAGCUAUGACGACAGGCGGGAAGAAAGACGUGAACCUCACAGAGAUGUACCCAAGGAUUCAUAUUAUAAAUAUGGCGGGGAUGGACAGAGAGGUGCAGAGAGGACAAGCAGAGGUAGAGAGUACAGCGACUCACCCAAGAGGAAGUACAGUACAGACUCAAUGAACAGAGACUGGAGUAGAAAGAGCCCAGUGAGGAGACGCACGUCUUCAUCUGAUUGGGCUUCUUCUGAAAAGAAAAGGCGAAGGUUUACAGAGGAAGAUGAAGAUGAUUACAGAUACAGGCGUGAGACUGAGGAUAAGUCAAACAGACCUUCUCCAGACGUUUUUUUCCCGCUCACACACUAACAAGGAUUCUAAACACUCACAACAACAAGAUGAAGAUUUCAAAUACAAGAAAACAUCACAAGACUCGAGGCAAAAAUAUCGACAUGAGGAAUUCCCUUACAGGCAUCAUCGGGAUGAUUCAAAUAGCCGACCCUCCUCUGGAUAUUACAAAGAUAAAGAUAGCCAUGAAAAAAGCUGGGAUCGUUCACAAGAACGGAAGCAAUCACAAGAUUACACCUCAAAGAGUUAUGCCAAACCCAGAGAGACAACUGACAGCCCCUCCAAAGACUAUGAGGAUCAUCGUCAUAACAGAGCAAGGCUUUCUUUGAAUGGAUCUAGUGGUCAGUCUUUCGAGAGCGAUGUUUCUUAUCAGAUUCCUGCUAAUCCUGUGGAGAAGAAGACGAAGGGUUUCCAGCGUUUCCUCGAUGUGCUCAACAAGGGGGUCAAUGUUGACACGCUCACCAAGAUAGUGACCCAGAACCCUGAAGGAGGGGAUAAACGACCUCCGUCUCCAAUUUCUUUCAUGCACCCUGAAGACCAACCAUGGUCCCCCAGUUGUGAUGAAGUUCAACAGGCACGUGACAAAAAUAACUCCCAUAGGAAAGAGAAUGUCAGAGCUCAGAAAGUCGCUUCUCCUCAUCACAGGUCUUUCAGCCCAAAGAGAAGCUCCCUGUCUGAUGAAAGGUCUCUACAAAAAGGUGAUGGAGUGCGCAGCUUCCUUAGCUCUAGCAGUAGAUCCAGGUCUCCCUCAGUGGUGGAAAAGGUCACACUGACACCUGAAGAGGAGCACAAGCACAGGCAAAUGCAGGACGUUUUGCAGGCCAUUGGCAUGAAUUUAGGAUUUGAGGAGCUGGGUCAAAUGUCACAUCGGAUCCAGGAGCGGUUGUAUGGAAAGAAGGACAGUGACAGGGAGUGCCAUCGUAGAAGAAACAAGGAAAGGGACACAAGGCGGGCUUUUUCACCAAGACUGCAUAGUAGAUCGUCAUCGAGUAGAUCAAGUUUCAGUCCACCAAGUCAAGAUUAUUACAUGAAAGAAGAUGCAGAUAAUGCUCCAAGAGAUUUAUCAGAAGAAAGGCAAACCCAAACACUGAAACCUGUUGAAUAUGACCCAAACUCCAGCAGUAAUACUUUCUAUGAUGUGAAGAAAUAUGAAACAAACACUCAGGAAAAGACUGCUGUGUCUCAAGCAUUUUCUCAAAACCACACAUACACUUCAUCAGAGCCACCUCCUCCAUCUGUGAUGUCAGCGUACUCUCCUGUAACCAGUUCACCUGCAACACCUUUCCCAGCUCUUCCUCCUGCUCCACCCACCAAUCUCCCUCCAGCUCGGCCUCCAGGGCUCCCUCCAGCUCUACCUCAAGCUCUACCUCAAGCUUUACCCCCUGCUCUGCCUCCUUAUUUCCCCAAUGUUGGACCCAGGUUUUUAUUUCCUUGCCGGCCUCCCGUCUUCCCUAUGCCCCAUGCUCCACCUCCGAACCUCUUUCCUGGACUUCUCCCUCAAACAAGUCACCUACUCCCACAGCACAUGAGUAAUCCUCAGCCGCCCUUUUUUAACCUGCCGCAUAUGAACCCUAUUCAGCCUACAAACAACACACAAAACAAGAAGACAGCGUCAAGGCCCCGCUGUUUGCAAGUCAUUGAAACAAAACAAGCUGGAUGAAGAAAGUAGAUUAGGAUGAAAACCAGACUUUAAAACAGAUAGAUAUUGAUGAUAACGGUCAUUUUCUCCUACAGAAAUAGACACACUAUAAGAUGCUCACUAUGUAAAUGUUCUGGGUUUUGUUAGUCCAGUCAAAACCACACAAUACCAUUUUUUUUCUUAUGUAAGAAAAAAUAAAACCUGUUGAUUAAAAGCAGUAACAUCCUGAAAACACCAGUUUUGUAUUCUGUGCCUACACAGAACAUCAGAAGGGGCUACAAGCUGAGCUGCUGCUAGCUUAUUUGUAGGUGCUCAGCUUGAGGGCUAAUUAUCUAACAGAUCUUAUGAUUAAAACUGCCAAAAUAAUAAGUAAAGCAGUUUUAUUAAAAAACAUAUAUUUCUCUGACCCUCUAUGGUGGUGUUUCGGGGGCUGGGAGCUGAGCUGCUGCUGACUUUGGCUCCAACGCUGAGAGAAAUAUGUCUUCCAGUGAAAAAAAAGUUGUGACUUUAAACUCAAAGAGAGGCUGGAACUUUUGUAUUAGUCGGCAAACAGCACGUUGAAAAACAGAUAAAUGUGGUUACACAUAAAACAUGAGUCACAUUGGAUGAUUUGGAAGUUUGGUGAGGCACUGAUCUGGAGAUAAUAAGGGAACAAAUGAUCGAAGCUUCUUAUUCAACAGCCAGAUAGGAAUUCAAUGACUAAAUUCUUAGUUAUGCACAGUCCUUGGAACAAUUGGAAGCAGCCUUACCAGCAUCAAUAAAGAAUAGGUCAAGUACAGAGAAAACAGACAACAAAUUUAACAACUGACAGUUGACCAGGAGUUGAUUGACGAACCUGUAGGAUGUGUUUGAGCCUUGUACUCAUAGCACAGUGUCAUCCUAGAGAAACGUACUGGAACAAUAUUGAAAAAGUGUCUUGAUUUCUCAGAACUUUGUCUUCACUUUGUUUUCAUGAUUGGUUAAAUCAUGGACUGGUACAUCAUAGCUGCUCUUUGAAUUAUACUUGUCUUGAAAAGUUAUCGUGUAGGAUUCAGGAUUGUCCUAACAAAUUAGCAGAUUUGUCUUUUCACUAUGGCUUCGGUCAGCCUUACUGCACCCGCUCUUUACCUAAGCUGUUUGGUUUAUUGGUUGACAUGUUUUGUUUUUCUGUAUAAAUGCAUAUUGUGUAAAUAACUUGAAUUGCAUAAUAUUAAACAUUUUGAUCUAAAGUGAA